AUGGAACAGCUUCAGCAACAGGUCGAGGGCCUUAAUCUCAAUGCCAUCACCGAGUUUCCCAACUGCUACCCCGAUGUCAACCCCCUCGAUGUCUACCGCGCCCAUCUCGCCAACGUCCUGACCGAGGUUACCGGUGUCGACAAGAACAUCAUCUACCCUGCCCUGUCAUGGACUCAAAGUCUUGACAAGGGCGACUUGGUCCUCGCCGCGCCCGCCCUCCGUCUCCCCAAGGGCGGUCCCAAGCCCGACCAGAUCGUUCAAGAUUGGGCCGCCAAGUUCCCCGAAAACGACCCUCUCUUCGAGAAGCCACACGUACACAGCUACUUCAUGUCUUUCUUCUUCAAGGGCGCGCCCCUUGUCAACAGCAUUCUCCCCACCAUUCUCCAGAAGGGCAAGACAUUCGGUACCAACCCAUCAUUGGGUCUCAAGGACCCCAAGGAGCCAAGCGCGGGACGAAAGAAGAUUAUUGUCGAGUUCUCGUCGCCGAAUAUUGCGAAGCCUUUCCACGCUGGUCACCUUCGCAGCACGAUUAUCGGCGGUUUCCUCGGUAACCUGUAUGAGGGCGCAGGAUGGGACGUGACCAGGAUCAAUUAUCUUGGUGACUGGGGCAAGCAAUACGGUCUUCUGGCCCUGGCGUUCGAGAAGUUCGGUGAUGAGAAGGCUCUGGAGCAAGACCCCAUCAACCACCUCUUCCAACUCUAUGUUCGCAUCAAUACGGAGAUGACCGAGGAGAAGGAGCAAAUCGCGAAGCGCAAGGAGGCUGGUGAGGAUGUGACAGAGGCCGAGGCCAACAGCUUGGACGAACAGGCCCGUCGCUACUUCAAGAAGAUGACCGACAGGGAUGAAAAGGCGCUGGCCAUGUGGAAGAAGUUCCGCGACCUCAGCAUUGUGAGGUACAAGCAGACCUAUGCCCGUCUCAACAUUCACUUUGACGAGUACAGCGGUGAGAGUCAGGUGUCCGAGGCUGACAUGGCUGAUAUCGGAAAGCAGCUGGAGGAGAAGAAGAUCAGCAAGGAGGACAAUGGCGCGCAGCUUAUUGACUUCUCCGAGCUUGUCCCCGGCAAGGAGGGCAAGCGCCUGGAGAAGCCUCUUGUCAGGAAGAGGGAUGGCACUGCUCUCUACCUGACCCGUGAUAUUAGCGAACUGUUGGCUCGUCAUGCCAAGUACAACUUUGACAAGAUGAUCUACGUCGUCGCCUCGGCCCAAGACUUGCAUCUCAAGCAGCUCUUCAAGAUCAUUGAGCUCUUGGGCCACAAGGAUAUUGCUGAUAAGUGCCAGCACAUCAACUUUGGCCUGGUUCUCGGUAUGAGCACUCGCAAGGGUACCGUCAAGUUCUUGGAUGACAUUCUCCGCGAUGUUGCCGACAAGAUGCACGAGACCAUGAGGAAGAACGAGGACAAGUAUAACCAAGUGGAGAACCCCGAAGCUGUUGCCGACGUCCUUGGUAUCAGCUCUGUCAUGGUCCAAGAUAUGACUGGCAAGAGGAUCAACAACUACACCUUCAACAUGGAUCAAAUGACAUCGUUUGAGGGCGAUACCGGCCCGUAUCUUCAAUAUGCGCACGCCCGUGUGUGCUCCAUUAAGCGCAAGGCUGGCCUCAGCGACGAGGAGAUUGCUAGCGCCGACUUCUCACUGUUGACGGAAGCCCAUGCUGUCAACAUUGUCCGUCUUCUGGCGCAGUGGCCCGAUGUCUUCAGUAACACCUUGAGGACGCUGGAGCCCACAACCGUGUUGGCCUACCUCUUCAAGAUGACACACGCCCUGAGCAGCUCCUAUGAUGUAUUGAGGAUCAUGGGUAGCGAGCCUGCGGUUUUGAAGGCCCGCAUGGCGCUCUACGAGGCGGCCCACAUUGUGCUGGGCAACGGCAUGCGCCUGCUGGGUCUGAGCCCCGUUGAACGUAUGUAA